CUGAGGUAGUACACUGAUAUCAGUGUCUUAAUUUCCGAUUUAAUUGAUGACAUUUCUAAACAAUAUAUUACAUGGAAGCAAUCCUUGCAGACCCCCGCUUUGAAGACUUCAUCAAUCGUCUAAUAGACCAGCGAGUUCCGCAGCGGAUCACCAGUGCGCUCGUGCCUCAGCUCCGGUGCCUAGCCAACCAGCUGUUCCUGCAGUGCGAAGCAACCUACUCGGGAGCCAGUAGCCGAGGUUUUACGCUGCCACCAUCGCCGGUAGCGCCGAUGAUCUCAGCGUGGCCGGAGAGCAAGGAACGCUGGUUGGGCCUAUGCCAGCGUUUCCCAGGCCUCGGGGGGACGUUCGCCACCUUCGACCAAAACUGCAGAGAACUACGUCUCAACAGGAACGAGGAGCAGCAUGUCGAGGCGGUAGAAGACGUCCUGCAGACUCUACACCUCCUCGCCCCGGAUUACGACCAGCAGCGGCUUCAGGAGAUCGACCCCUUCUUGCAUGCAGUGGUCAGCAGCGCAGAUGAGAUUGUGGCGCAGUUUCUGGCUGCACCGCGGCUGUUGAAGCUGGCGCAGGUGACUCUGCAAAUUUGCAAGGACCGCCUGGACUACCACCCUGUGGAGACCUGGAUGUGGCAGAAGCCCAAAAACCGUGAGAAGGUGAACCUCUUUAUCUCCAUGGCCCUUCAAGAGGUGCCGGCCCUUAGAGAGGUCGCUCUUUGCAACGACUUGUCAGAUUUCGCCGCGUCCGCUGACGCGGUGUUUGAGAAGGCUCGCGACUUUGGGCCAACGAAGCUCUCCUAUCCACUAGACGAGCUUCAGGGCCGCAUUCACCGGUGCCUAGACCUUGGCAUCCUGCAGUCCGUUCAGGCCCAGCACCCCUUCGCGCCUGGGCGCCGUGUCCGUGGCGCUGCUAUUUUUUUUCUGAGCGUAGCUAAGAAGUGGACGAUGGUGCUUGAGGGUAUAGAGGUGACGCCACGAGUGACGAUACCAAGCAACGGAGCUCGCUGCCUGAAGCAUCCUCAUCCCUGUCGGGCGCUGCUCUUGUCGGGUCGCGAUGACGAGGGAGCUCUCGCGGACAGCUCGGGCUGUACGGCAGCGGGUGGCGGGGCGGAGGUGGCGCAGGAGGAUCCCUUCGAGGUGCCGCCGGGGGUCGGACCCGAGGGGGGCCCACUCGCCCCCGUACCCCGUAUCAGGCUCGGGCCCCGGCGCUUCGUGGUGAUUGUUGAGGCCCCGCGAGCAGUCCACCCCAGCGGCGUGCAGCACCUGACGGCGACCGCCGCCGCCGCCUCGUCAUCAGCAUUGUCAGCAUCAACAACCAGCGGCGGCUGUGGCGGCGGCGGGGCAAGAGACAGCUCUCCGGGGGGACGACUUGGCCUGGUUCCGGAGCAGCUGGUAGUGGAGGCCUUGGCCCGGCGGCCUCAUCUGCUGCGUCGCUGCGAUCUGGCUGCUACAGCCGCUGAUGCGGCGCUGUCGGCUGUGUUCAUGUGUAUAUAUGUGUGUUUGUAAAGAAGUACGAAACU